GUCGAAAGAGUACUGAAGAAAGACGUCGACUAUAAUGAUCGAAGGGACCAUGUUUGUAGAUAAUUGGUGUCCUCAGUCCUCACCAAACGCGCUUUUAAGGAUGGACAAGUAAAAGUUGGCUUCUAAGCGUCCGAGACUCCGAGCGCCAACAACCCACUCCUUAAUUAGUACUGCAGGGAUAACCAAAAUCAGUAGUAGAGAUUAAUUGUUAGUGAUCAGAAUGAGUUACGCGGUGAGCAAGUUAUCACAAGGUCUGGUAGUCCCCGCCGAGGCAACUCCGGGCGGUAGCCUCGCCCUCUCGGACCUCGACCAGAUGCCUCUCAUACGCUGUAUGGUGCCAUCGAUGCACGUAUUCAAGCACGGACCUUGGGACGCUGCCAAUGUUAUUAGGACGGCGUUGUCCAAGGCCCUGGUCCUUUACUACCCUCUGGCUGGAAAGUUCGUGGAGGAUCACAAGACUGGCGAGGUGCGCGUGGACUGCACCGGCGACGGAGCCUGGUUCAUCGAGGCCUCUGCGAAUUGUAGCUUGGAAGACGUGAAUUACUUGGAACACCCCUUCGCCAUCCCCAGUCAAGCGCUGCUGCCUGACUCACGUCCACACAUAGACAUUGAUGAUCUCAUCGUACUCAUGCAGGUGACGCGAUUCACUUGCGGUGGCUUGGUUAUCGGCAUACGAACCUCACACACCAUGGCCGAUGGCAAAGGCGCGGCGCAGUUUUUUCGUGCGGUGGCCGAGCUGGCCAGAGGUAUGGACCGCCCGUCGAUCAUGCCAGUCUGGUCUAGAGAGCUCGUCAGGAGGCGGGUUGAAAGAGCACCAGCAGGACCACCACAGGACUUACCUUCCAAGCGUCUAGAGUACAUGAUCAUCGACGUGCCAACAGAGCACGUCAACAAGCUGAAGCAGCAGUACUUGAAUGAGACUUGCAAGCCAUGCUCCACCUUCGAAGUCCUCAUCGCCACAGUGUGGCAGUGCCGCACCCGAGCCAUCGGUUUACCCCCGAACGCCCUCACUAAACUUAGUUUCGCAGCCAACUUCCUUCACCUCUUAACUCCAGCACUGCCCGCGGAGGGUGGCUACUAUGGCAAUUGCUUCUACGUGCUCAAAGCCAAGGCUACGAGCGAGAUGGUCGCUAACGCGUCCAUUGUGGAACUAGUGAAGAUCAUCAAGGAAACCAAAGGCAAGCUGGCGGAGGGGUUCGCUAAGUGGGUGAAAGGAGAAGAUGAAGAGGAGGGUGAUGAUGAUUGCUAUGACACACUCAACGCUACGGACUGGAGGCACUUGGGAUUCAACGACGUGGACUAUGGAUGGGGAAAGGCGGCGCGCAUAGUGCCCUUCGAGCACACUGACUUCAUGCCCUUCUGUGUUCUUGGCCUGCCUCCGGCCAAAGAAAACAGCGUCAGGCUCAUGACUUACUGUGUCCUCAAGGAACACUACGCUGCGUUUCGUGAUCAGAUGAUCAGCCUGGCAUGAUCAUGAUCAUCUCCAGCUAGUGUUUUAUAUAUAUACACGUUCAAUUAUUGCAUUUGCGUCCCCCUUAAUUAACCUGGUAAAAAUAUAUAUAGUUCAUUUGAAAUUUGAAAUUUGGUCAAAAUUAAACAUUCUUGUAUCAAAGGCCAAACAAGGGUCAAUUGUUCAGUUUUACAUGUAUGAGUCAAAUGUUAAUGAAAUAAAGCUCUAAUUUUCUCCUAUU